CACCUUUGUAAUAAAUACAGCUGAAUAAAUGUACUGAUAAAUCUCUUGAGUAUCAGUCAAACAUCAACAGCCCAAGUACCACCUUUCCCCACGUCGAAUAACGCGGGGAUUAGUAUGCAUGACAUCACAACUUUUACAUCUACAUCUCGAACUGUACCUACCUUCCUCUCCUAUUGUCGCAAGAUCAAUAAUACCCCCGUUCAGAGUUACAAGAUGCCGCCUAAACGCAGAAAGACAUCGUCACGAUCUGCGGCUCAAAAACAAAACCACCUGUCGCCCCCAGAGCACCAUGUCCCCACUUCUCCAGAUUCGCGGGCGGGCGCUCAAGAGCACGAUACUAAUUCCGACGCUCCAAGCCAAUCACAUUGUGACUCACCAACGGAGCCCAUGACGCCCGAAGAUGCCUUUGAACCGUUUCUGGAGACCGACGAAGAGAUGCCUGAACGAACGGAGCACACGUUGGGCGGAGCCGAAGGACACGCGGUCCAGAAAACUGGAGAAGGGCGAGCAUUCUCUGGGAGCUAUAACGCCUUGAAGUCAUAUAAGGGACAGUAUUACUCAGGAAUGGCCGUUGGAGGCUCGCACACCUGGAACUACGACCAAGGCGUUUGGAAAGAGACGAAGGAGGAGCCCGAUCUGUGGAGGAUUGACUAUAGGACAAAUAAAAGACGGGCGAGGAGGGCUCCACAGGGAAGUGGUGCACCGGUUGGCACAGAGUAUCAUUGGCUUAUUGUUGGACAUCAACACGUCAAGAAGGUCGACGCCAAUACGUAUGAGACGGUCCUGGAGGGAUCAAAGUACAAGCUGGCGUACAAAUCGGCUAGUUCUAACACGUGGUCCGUACCGACCGUGAAAAAACAGCGGGAACGCGAAGUCGAGUUACUCGAUGACGCGAAAAUGCGUGUCCAGGGGUUGCCUCCCGUUUCAGAAAAAGUGAAAGUGGAAAAGCAAGAGAAAGGGCAGAAGAAGCUGGAUGCAAUGUUCGGUCCGGCCCGUCAGGGUAACGUUGUAGGCAACAAGAGAAAAGCCGAGGAAUAAAUGCCGGGCGUGCCGCCUAAGUAUUGAUUAAUGUGACAGUGGUUGGUGUCUGCGAGUUAUCGAAACAAUGAUGGGAGGUCCUGAUUUAAGGCAGCGGUUCAAAGUAAGAGAUCAGAGUAUGACGAUACUCUUUUCAGCCGUCUCAACCAUUUUCACUAGGGCAUCUCCAAUUCCGUAUGAAAAAGCGUAUCCGCCGCCACCGAAGCCGUAGGCAGAUAAGACGAGGCGGUUCCCGACCUGUUCGGAGUCUAGUCGGAAACCACCUUCUCGAGAAGGACGAAUUCCGACUAUGUAGCUUAGUGACUCUUCAGGAGGAUUUUCUGGAACGAUUUCCGGGGCCAGAUAAUGUGCACGGGCAAUCUCGUCUCGGGCAAUAUCCAUGUCAACUUCCGGUGAC